AUGUCUCAACAUCCACAUGGCAACCCACCCUACGGUGGUCCGCCACCUCCUGGUGGUUUUACUUACGUACCGGCUCCAGUAAUGAUGCCGGUGUAUCAUCCACCUCCACCGCCACCUCCACCAGAACCAGUCCCACCACCAACUGUAGUCACCAAUUACAUCUACCACCAGCAACCUCCACCACCACCAGCUCCAGUUACCAUUGUUGAAGAUACAAUUGAAUGGAUACCCAGUACAGGAUCUGAUGUGGGUACACUGAGGCACAGAGCUUUCGUAGCAGGCAGAGAGGGUUGGGAUGGCAGCCCUAUUUGUGUGAUUAGGGCACACCACAAUGGAGAGUUCGUUCCAGGAAAGCUGGCCAUCAAACACCAGGCCGCCUACAUCCCACAUGCAGGUCGAGAGAUUCCUGUCCACAAUUUCGAAGUUCUGUGUGCCUCAUCUCACGCGGUCCGUUGGCUGCCCAGCAGUAACGGCCAGGUCCCAGUAGGAGCCAUUCCCGCUGGCAACACCCACAACGGCGAACCACUUUACAUUGGACGCGUUACACACAUGGGAUCUAUCACACCCGGCAAAGUUCACCCCAGUCACGGCUGCUGCUACAUUUCGUUCAGCGGAGCCGAAGUUGCACACAAAUCCUACGAUGUACUCUGCAGAAUUGUCGGUUGA